CGAGUGACGUAGCAGCGUCCGCCAGUGCGUGAUGACUCCAGAGCGUGCGUUCGGUGGCUCCUAGGGGAAGAUGGCGGCUGCUCCUUUGGAGGAGCGGGAUUGAGAGGAACGAAGAGGGGAGACCAAACAGAAGAGACAUUCCGGGCUCUGAAGACUAAGCUGCGCUGGCCGUUAGGAGCUCUGCUCUACGCCAGACGUAUCCUAGAAGGAAAACAUCACCAUGGCUACAGAAAUUGGUUCUCCUCCUCGUUUUUUCCAUAUGCCAAGGUUCCAACACCAGGCACCUCGACAGCUGUUUUAUAAGCGACCUGAUUUUGCACAACAGCAAGCAAUGCAACAGCUUACCUUUGAUGGAAAACGAAUGAGAAAAGCUGUAAACCGAAAAACCAUAGACUACAAUCCAUCUGUAAUUAAGUAUUUGGAGAACAGAAUAUGGCAAAGAGACCAGAGAGAUAUGCGGGCAAUUCAGCCUGAUGCAGGUUAUUACAAUGAUCUGGUCCCACCUAUAGGAAUGUUGAAUAAUCCGAUGAAUGCGGUAACAACAAAAUUUGUUCGGACAUCAACAAAUAAAGUAAAAUGCCCGGUAUUUGUUGUUAGGUGGACCCCAGAAGGAAGACGCUUGGUCACUGGAGCUUCUAGUGGGGAGUUCACCUUGUGGAAUGGACUUACUUUUAAUUUUGAAACAAUAUUACAGGCUCACGACAGCCCAGUGAGGGCCAUGACGUGGUCACAUAAUGACAUGUGGAUGUUGACAGCAGACCACGGAGGAUAUGUGAAAUAUUGGCAGUCGAACAUGAACAACGUCAAGAUGUUCCAGGCACAUAAGGAGGCGAUUAGAGAGGCCAGUUUCUCACCCACGGAUAAUAAAUUUGCUACAUGCUCUGAUGACGGCACUGUUAGAAUCUGGGACUUUCUUCGUUGCCAUGAGGAAAGAAUUCUCCGAGGGCAUGGUGCUGAUGUGAAAUGUGUAGACUGGCAUCCAACCAAAGGGUUAGUUGUUUCAGGAAGUAAAGAUAGUCAACAGCCAAUCAAGUUCUGGGAUCCCAAGACUGGGCAGAGUCUUGCAACACUUCAUGCCCAUAAAAACACAGUAAUGGAAGUGAAAUUAAAUCUCAAUGGCAAUUGGCUGCUCACAGCAUCACGUGACCAUCUCUGUAAACUUUUUGAUAUCAGAAACCUAAAAGAAGAGCUUCAAGUCUUCCGAGGUCAUAAGAAAGAAGCCACAGCUGUGGCCUGGCAUCCUGUUCAUGAAGGACUUUUUGCCAGUGGAGGGUCUGAUGGUUCUUUGUUAUUCUGGCAUGUUGGGGUAGAGAAGGAAGUGGGUGGGAUGGAGAUGGCCCACGAAGGGAUGAUCUGGAGUCUGGCUUGGCAUCCUCUCGGGCAUAUUCUCUGCUCAGGCUCCAAUGACCAUACUAGCAAAUUCUGGACUCGAAAUCGACCAGGUGAUAAAAUGAGAGAUCGAUACAAUCUAAACCUUUUACCUGGAAUGUCUGAAGAUGGAGUAGAAUAUGAUGACCUUGAACCUAAUAGCCUGGCAGUAAUUCCAGGAAUGGGAAUACCAGAACAACUAAAAUUAGCAAUGGAACAAGAACAGAUGGGGAAAGAUGAAUCAAAUGAAAUUGAAAUGACAAUUCCAGGUUUAGAUUGGGGAAUGGAGGAAGUGAUGCAAAAGGACCAGAAAAAAGUACCUCAGAAGAAAGUUCCUUAUGCAAAACCCAUUCCUGCUCAGUUCCAGCAAGCUUGGAUGCAAAAUAAAGUUCCAAUUCCUGCUCCAAAUGAGGUGCUGAAUGACAGAAAAGAAGACAUUAAAUUGGAAGAGAAGAAAAAAACACAAGCAGAAAUUGAGCAAGAAAUGGCUACAUUACAGUAUACUAACCCACAACUUCUGGAGCAACUUAAAAUUGAAAGACUUGCACAGAAACAGGUCGAGCAAAUUCAGCCUCCUCCCUCAUCUGGCACCCCUCUCCUCGGACCCCAGCCUUUUCAAGGACAAGGUCCAAUGUCUCAGAUUCCUCAAGGUUUUCAGCAGCCCCACCCAUCUCAGCAGAUGCCAAUGAACAUGGCUCAAAUGGGGCCUCCAGGUCCACAGGGACAGUUUAGGCCUCCUGGACCUCAGGGACAAAUGGGACCACAAGGUCCUCCACUGCAUCAGGGAGGUGGGGGGCCACAAGGAUUCAUGGGACCACAGGGACCCCAGGGCCCACCCCAGGGGUUACCACGGCCUCAGGACAUGCAUGGGCCCCAAGGAAUGCAGAGGCAUCCUGGACCUCAUGGCCCUUUGGGACCUCAGGGGCCACCUGGACCACAAGGUAGUUCUGGUCCUCAAGGUCAUAUUGGUCCUCAGGGUCCACCUGGCCCACAGGGUCACAUAGGCCCCCAAGGUCCGCCUGGUCCCCAGGGUCACUUGGGCCCACAGGGGCCCCCUGGUACUCAAGGUAUGCAGGGACCACCUGGUCCCAGAGGAAUGCAGGGACCUCCUCAUCCUCAUGGGAUCCAAGGUGGGCCAGGGUCUCAAGGGAUCCAAGGUCCUGUGUCUCAGGGACCUCUGAUGGGAUUGAAUCCAAGAGGAAUGCAGGGCCCUCCAGGCCCCCGGGAGAACCAGGGUCCUGCUCCCCAAGGGAUGAUGAUGGGCCACCCGCCUCAAGAGAUGAGAGGACCUCACCCUCCAAGUGGACUACUGGGACAUGGCCCUCAGGAAAUGAGAGGUCCUCAAGAGAUCCGAGGCAUGCAGGGGCCUCCACCCCAAGGAUCAAUGCUGGGACCUCCCCAGGAAUUGCGAGGGCCUCCAGGCUCACAAAGUCAGCAGGGGCCACCCCAGGGCUCUUUAGGACCUCCACCCCAGGGUGGCAUGCAAGGACCCCCCGGACCUCAGGGACAGCAGAACCCAGCAAGAGGGCCACAUCCAUCUCAAGGGCCAAUACCAUUCCAGCAACAGAAAACACCUCUGCUAGGUGAUGGGCCCCGGGCCCCCUUCAACCAGGAAGGACAGAGUGCAGGUCCCCCACCCCUGAUACCAGGCCUAGGGCAGCAGGGAGCACAAGGUCGCAUUCCUCCUCUGAACCCUGGACAAGGACCUGGCCCCAACAAAGGUGACUCCCGCGGCCCUCCAAACCAUCACAUGGGCCCGAUGUCAGAGAGGCGGCAUGAGCAGAGCGGCGGGCCUGAGCAUGGGCCCGAGAGGGGGCCUUUCCGGGGUGGCCAAGACUGCAGGGGUCCCCCUGAUAGGCGUGGCCCUCACCCAGACUUCCCCGAUGACUUCAACAGACCAGAUGACUUCCACCCUGACAAGCGCUUUGGCCACCGGUUACGUGAAUUUGAGGGGCGAGGAGGACCUUUACCGCAAGAAGAGAAGUGGAGGCGAGGGGGCCCUGGGCCUCCAUUUCCUCCUGAUCACAGGGAAUUCAGCGAAGGGGAUGGCCGGGGUGCAGCCCGAGGCCCUCCGGGGGCAUGGGAAGGCCGCAGACCUGGAGACGAACGUUUCCCCCGGGAUCCUGAGGACCCACGUUUCCGAGGGCGCAGAGAAGAAAGUUUCAGAAGAGGAGCCCCCCCAAGACACGAGGGUCGUGCUCCCCCCAGAGGAAGGGAUGGUUUUCCUGGUCCUGAAGACUUUGGUCCAGAGGAGAAUUUUGAUGCUUCUGAGGAAGCGGCCCGAGGACGAGAUCUCAGAGGCCGAGGUCGGGGAACCCCGCGAGGAGGAAGGAAGGGUUUACUUCCCACUCCUGACGAGUUCCCUCGCUUUGAAGGAGGGCGGAAGCCAGAUUCCUGGGAUGGAAACAGAGAGCCAGGGCCAGGUCAUGAACAUUUUCGUGAUGCUCCCCGCCCUGAUCAUCCACCUCACGAUGGUCAUUCCCCAGCCAGCAGAGAACGCUCCUCUUCUCUCCAAGGCAUGGACAUGGCAUCCCUACCUCCCCGAAAGCGCCCCUGGCAUGAUGGCCCAGGCACGUCUGAGCACAGAGAGAUGGAGGCCCCAGGGGGCCCUUCUGAGGACCGAGGAGGCAAAGGCCGAGGGGGCCCAGGACCUGCCCAGAGAGUGCCCAAAUCUGGGCGUUCCAGCUCGUUAGACGGAGAGCACCACGACGGAUACCACAGAGAUGAACCUUUCGGGGGCCCUCCAGGCAGUGGCACCCCUUCUCGAGGCGGCCGGAGUGGCAGUAACUGGGGUAGAGGGAGUAACAUGAACUCUGGCCCACCGAGGCGAGGAGCUUCUCGGGGUGGUGGAAGGGGUCGGUAGAAGUUGGAACUGAGUAACCUGAGGCCUCUCUGGACAGUAUUUAAGAACUUGUGGACUUACCAAGAGAAACAAAAGGAAGCCUGCACCGUUGUAGCCCUGAACUCUUUUCUGGGCACCUGAAUCCCAGGAACCCUCAAUGAGGUCUUCAAGAUGAAGAGACUGCUGCUGGCCACCAGCGUGGCUGGCCUUGUCCUGUCCUGUCCACCCUCAUUGCCCCAACUCCCAUGUUGUUUUGUGAAGAUAAAAGCUGGGAUCUUUUUUUUUUUUUUUUUUUUUUAAGUGUCGCAAGACAUGGGGCACCUCCACAAAUUUAAGUUCCUGUCCAUUUGGAAAUUUGUUUCUAUGUGUACAGUUUGUCAGAGAAAAACAUAAAAGUUUUUGUAUGAAUACAGAAUGUGAUUUACCCAAGAAUUAACAAAAAACUAGUUGUGGAGUGCUUGCCUUAAGGAAAUCUUUGGUUUCCAUCGCAUCCCAUCUGCAGAGGAGUGCACGAUUGAGCAUAUUAACCAUUAGGUCAUUUAAAUUAAUCCCAGCUGUGAACUUUGUGGUUUUCAACAAAUUCUCUUACACCAUUUUGGUGAUCGAGUGAGAAAUACUUGAAAACUACUCGAAUGUAUUUUGUAGUAGGUUGAAAUUUUUACUCAGACUUGCCUAAUGAUGGAAAAUUAUACUCUGAAGAGAAAAUGCAAUCUUCUGGCUGUUCAGUGAGGGAGCUCCCCCUUGGAUGUAUCUCCUAGGAAUCACUGCUUAAGAUUUGAAUCGGCUUGUUAUGAGAGGAACUUGAUGUUAGUCAGAAAUCCAGUCACAUGUCCUUUAGAUAACUUUAAAUCACACAUGGCGUUGAUAAGGAAUGGACCAAAAUAGCUCCUAAAACAAUUUUGCAACACUUAAUCUUCCUCUUCCAUACUAGCUAUGUGGAAAUACGGCAGGGCAUACUUCUAACUCAUAGUAAGCCAGACGGAUCUUGUCCAUGGCAAAUUCUUUGUUUGAAAUAAACGUACCAUUUGGUCCAGUUUGGAUUGGAAGCCAAAAAUUCAGUUUAUUAUAUAUACCCCAUGAUACUUUCUAUACUGACCUUUAUUUUGGUUUUACAUGGAAGCUUUUAUUAUUAAAAGGACUAUCCUAUGGCCACCUUAACAUUUCAUUACAUUGACAGCUUCACUUUGGCGUCAGAGUCAGAUUUAUUUGGCAGAUUUGGUAGUGCUUGAAGUUUCUUUUUUUCUUGAGACGGGCUUGCUCCAUCAUCCAGCCUGGAGUGCAGUGGUGCAAUCAUGCCUCACUGCGGCCUCAACCCUGCCUCAGCUUCCCUGUAGCUGGGACCACAGGCGCACACCGCCAUGCCCAGCUAAUUUUUUUGUAUUUUUGGUAGAGGUGGGGUUUCACCAUGUUGCCCAAGCUGGUCUAAAACUCCUGGGCUCAAUCCACCCCCUGUGGCCUCCCACAGUGCUGAGAUUGCAGGUGUGAGCCACAGCAACUGGCCGCUGGUGCUGGAAGUUUCAAUGGUUGCUUAGAAAAGGCAUACUGACAUCAUUUAACAGUAUA